AUGACUUCAGACUUGAAGAUCAACCAAGGUGCUCCCGCGCCCGAGGAGAGUGUCCUUGCCUCUUCCGAGCAUGAGGAAGGCGCCGCCAAGAUACUGCCCCAAGACGCCUUCGCUGAGGAUGUCGCGUAUGGACAAGACGGCCUUCGUGGUCUGCUGGGUAGCUCGUACGUGUUCGGCGCUGCCUUUCUAGCCUCCCUCGGCGGCUUCUCCUUCGGCUACGACCAAGGAGUCAUCUCCAUCAUCAACGUGAUGGACCAGUUCCACAGCGCCUUCCCCCGGACGGAGACGGCUUUCGGUACCAGCUUCAUGACGGCAAUGCUUUUGCUUGGCGCUUUCAUUGGCUGUCUGUUCAUGCCGUACAUGGCGGACAAGAUAUCGCGGAAGCGGGCCCUGACAGUUGUGGUUAUCAUAUUCGAUAUCGGCGCCAUCAUGCAGACCGCCGCCACCAGCUACGGCGUACUAGUUGCUGGGAGAGCCAUCGGAGGCAUUGGAGUCGGCACCCUUGCAAUGGGCGCGCCGCUGUACAUCUCCGAGAUCUCUCCGCCGAAUCUCCGAGGAACUCUUCUCGUCUUGGAGUCUAUCUCCAUCGUAUCUGGAGUCGUCAUUUCCUUCUGGAUUACGUAUGGCACGAGAUACAUUGACAGCGAAGUCUCUUUUAGGCUUCCCCUCGGACUGCAGAUGGUCUGCGCCACGAUUCUGGGCGUUUGCAUCCAUUUCUUUCCUUAUUCUCCCCGAUGGCUCGCCCUCGUCGGCCGCAACGAUGAAUGCAUGACCAGCCUGUGUAAACUACGAGGACUACCUCCAACCGACGCCCGCGUACAGAAGGAGUUCAAGGGUAUUGUAGCAGAAGUCGAGUUUAACAAAGUCAUACUAGCCGAAGCACACCCCGGUGCCGGCGGAAUUAAGCUCGAAGUGCUCUCAUGGAUUGAGCUUUUCGAACCAAAGAUGCUGCGUAGAACUGCCGUGGCAUGCGGUGUAUGCUUUUUCCAGCAGUUCUCUGGUAUCAACGCGUUCAUUUACUACGCACCCACCUUGUUCCGAUCUAUUGGACAGUCGGACGAGAUGUCACUCGUUCUAUCGGGUGUUUUUAACAUCCUGCAACUCGUGGCUGUUGCCAUUUGCUUCGUUGUUAUAGACAAGCUUGGCCGAAGGCCUCUGGCUAUUCUCGGAGCGUUCGGGUCCUGCGUCUGCUACACCAUCAUUGCUGCCCUGGAUGGCGUCUACUCGAAGAACUGGUCGUCCAACACGUCCGCUGGUUGGGCAUGCGUGGCGAUGGCUUUCUGUUUUAUCAUGACUUACGGCGUCUCAUACUCGCCCCUGGGCUGGUGCUUACCCGCAGAGGUCUACCCUAAUUCUAAGCGUGCGAAGGGCGUGGCCCUGGCCAUCUGUGUCAACUGGCUCUCAAACUUUACCGUUGGUAUCACAACCCCGCCCAUGCUUGAGAACAUUGGCUACAAGACAUACGUCUUUUUCGCCAUUAUGUGUGGAGUCGCUGGUGUUUGGGCCUUGCUCUUAGUCCCGGAAACCAAGGGCAAGACGUUGGAAGACCUAGACGUCAUGUUCGGAGACACCAGCGGGCAGAACGAGAAGGAGAUCAUGAGGGUUGCUGUUAUUGCCGCCGAGCGGGUUCUUGCCAACCAGCAGGCGCAGGUUUAA